AUGGCAUCGAACACGCCAGGGACUACGGAAGCCGGCAUGGACGUGGCCAAGGGAGGCUGGUUCACGGAGCUCUCGGUGAUGUGGCCCGGUCAGGGGCUGUCGAUCCAGGUCGGCGAGGUCCUGUACCGCGGGCGCUCGCAGUUCCAGGACAUCUGCGUGUUCCAGUCCGAGGCGUUCGGCAAGGUGUUGUUGCUGGACGGCGUCAUCCAGUGCACCGAAAAGGACGAGUUCUCGUACCAGGAGAUGAUCACGCACCUCCCGCUCCAGGCGCUGCGGCACGAGCCGAAGAAGGUGCUCGUCGUGGGCGGCGGCGACGGCGGCGUGCUGCGGGAGCUCCGCCGGUACCCUUCGAUCGAAGAGAUCCACAUCGCGGAGAUCGAUGAAGGCGUUAUCAAGACUGCCAAGGAACACUUCCCCUCGAUGGCAAUCGGGUUCGAGGACCCGCGCGUCAAGGUGACGAUCGGCGACGGUCUGCAGUUCGUCGCGGCCGCGGCCCCGGACACGUACGACGCGAUCAUCGUGGACAGCUCCGACCCGGUGGGCCCCGCGGAGGUUCUGUACGAGAAGCCGUUCUACGAGUCCAUGUACCGCGCGCUGGCGCCCGGCGGCGUGGUGUGCACGCAGGCCGAGUCGCUCUGGCUGCACAUGGGCAUCAUCAAGGCGCUCGCGAGCAUGUGUGCGGAGGUGUACAAGGGCGGCGCGGUGAGCUACGGGUUCACCACCAUCCCCACGUACCCGUCCGGGCAGAUCGGGUUCAUGAUGUGCUCCAAGGACAAGGACAUCAACUUCAAGGAGCCGAAGCGCGGCGAGCCGAGCACGCCGGACGGCAUCCAGCCCGUGCGGUACUACUCGCACGACGUGCACCGCGCGGCCUUCGUGCUGCCCAAGUUCGCCAGGGACGAACUGGCGCCGAUGCUGUCGUGA